AUGACUACUGGCAGGAUCAACCAGGUAGCAUCCAUUAAUGACUCCGCACACAUUGCAAGAAUUGUGCCGCCCGAAGGGUGCAAAACUUGCAAAAGUGCGGGGCCUUAUGGCUCCGCACACAUUGCAAGAAUUGUGCCGCCCGAAGGGUGCAAAACUUGCAAAAGUGCGGGGCCUUAUGGCUCCGCACACAGUGCAAGAAUUGUGCCGCCCGAAGGGUGCAAAACUUGCAAAAGUGCGGGGCCUUAUGACUCCGCACACAGUGCAAGAAUUGUGCCGCCCGAAGGGUGCAAAACUUGCAAAAGUGCGGGGCAUAAUUUAGAGCAACCAUUAGUAAGGGACGCAAUGGGAUAA